UUUGCAUGCGCGCAUCCGUUCUGACGUGAGGGCGGGAGUGGCAGGCGGCCCGUGGGCGGUUCGGGCCGCGCUACUUGUGCCGGCCGCGGGGUGCGGUGCGGCGCUGCCGCGAUCGCCUGCCAUGGAGGAGCAAAAAGAGACUCUGCAAAGGAUCAUCUCUACUCUCGCAAACAAGAAUGAUGAAAUUCACAACUUCAUUGGCAUGCUGAACCAAACAAUACAAAAUGUUCAGAUAAAUUCUUCUAAUGUGAUUAGUGAAUUGGAUGAUGAAUUUGAUGCUCUGUAUUCUGUAUUGGAUGAGAUGAAGGGGAGUAUGGCUAGCACUAUUCAGCAGGAACAGGCUCGUAAAAUUCAAGCUCUUCAGAAUCAGCUUAGCCAGUGUAGUAGUGCCCUGGAGAGUUCUGAAGAGCUGCUGGAACUUGCUGCGCAGUCGCUGGACAUAAAGGACCCUGUGAAAUUCUCAGAGGCUGCCAGACAGAUCAAAGAUAGAGUCACAAUGGCUUCAGCAUUUCGCAUCUCUCUGAAACCAGAGGUCAGUGACAGUAUGACUCACUUGAUGGUGGACUUCACCCGCGAAAGGCAUGCACUCCAGGCUGUUAAGUUUUUGCCAGUUCCUAAAGCUCCAGUGAUUGAUUUGGCAGCAUGUCUAGUCAUUGAUAACUGUAUAACAGUAUCAUGGAGAAUGCCUGAAGAAGACAACAAAGUUAAUCACUUUGUACUGGAAUAUAGGAAAACCAACUUUGAUGGGCUUGCUCGUGUAAAAGAUGAACAGUCUUGGGAACUGAUAGACUAUAUUAAAGCUACUGAAUAUGUAUUAUCAGGUCUAAAAUUUGAUACAAAAUAUAUCAACGUUAGAGUACGAGCUUGCAACAAAGCUGUAGCAGGGGAAUACUCAGAUCCUGUGACUCUGGAAACAAAAGCAUUUGUGUUUGAUUUGGACAAUACUUCAUCUCAUGUGAACUUAAAAGUUGAAGAUUCCUAUGUUGAAUGGGAACCUACUGGAGGUAAAGGCCAAGAAAAAGUAAAAGGGAAAGAAAAUAAAAGCAGUGGCCAGAAUACUGUGCUGAAGAGCAGUAAAAGAAGUGGUGCAUCUCCAAAGAAGACAUCUAUUGGUGGAAAGGCCAUGGUGAAGGGCAGCAGAGAUCGUUUUGCUGGUGAAUCGUACACCGUGUUAGGAAACAAUGCUAUUGAAAGUGGGCAGCACUACUGGGAAGUGAGAGCACAGAAGGACUGCAAAUCCUACAGUGUGGGUGUGGCAUAUAAAACUCUGGGGAAGUACGAUCAGCUGGGAAAGACUAACGUAAGCUGGUGCGUCCAUGUCAACAACUGGAUGCAAAACACAUUUGCAGCAAAACACAAUAAUAAGACCAAGACACUGGAUAUACCUGCUCCAGACAGAUUAGGAGUAUACUGCAACUUUGAUGGAGGUCAGCUCACGUUUUACAAUGCAAUCUCAAAGGUGCCACUACAUACCUUCAGAAUGAAAUUUACACAGCCGUUGUUACCAGCCUUCAUGAUCUGGUGUGGUGGUCUUGCAGUAAGUACUGGUUUGCAGGUGCCAAGUGUUUUCACUGCACUCCAGAAAAACGAAAAUGGAUUAAGCAGAUCAACUAGUAAUCUAAAUAAUAUUGCUCAGUAAUGUCUGUUGAACACUUGUAUUGUUGAAUGUUUUUUUCAGUGUGGCUGCUAUGCGAUGAAACUUGAAAAUUGCUUUGAAAAAUGGGUGGGAAAAUCAAGAGCUCUAGCUAUGUACUUUUCUAUUACUGUACUUAAGCAUUUUGUUAUGGACUUGAAUAUUAAUUUUGUUACAAAUAUUUUUCUAUGAAGAAUAUAACAAAUAGUGUUUUGUUGUUUUUUUUAGCUCUCCUAGCAAGAAUUAUUUGACUACAGAUUGAUACUACUGGUCUUCCCAUACAAACAUGAGAUAACAAGCAGGCAUCUCAAAAGAAUAUCUAUUCAUGUAAGAGAUUAUGGGGUAGAUAUGAAGAAAUAGAGCAAUCUGUGCUUUUUUUCUGAUUUAAAAAAAAAAUCAAAAACUAAUACCUAAUUUACUUCUGGAUUGGUAGUCAUAUAUUUUCUCCUACAAAUCCCAUAAAAUAUCUUUUUAAUCUCACUUCUUACCUGCAAGUUUAGUAGUAGUGAAAUGAUUUAUUAGUGGGAGAGCUUAAAAAAAAAAAAACAAAAAAAACCCAAACAAACCAAAAAACAGCAGCAACAAAAAAAGCAUGUUAUAUUCUUUGUGGAAAGAGUUAACAUUUCAGUGAGAAUUAUUUGUAUAUCAUUGACUUUAAAAAAAAAAAAAAUCUGCUUGCUUCCCUCUAAUCAAGUCCAAGAGCUUAGAAAUAAUUUUUUCAGCUACAUAUUAGAACUGCUUUGAAAGUAAUGCCUCCUAGUUUAUUAUGUUGGCUCACGGUGUCAGAGGAGGUGGUAUGGUGGUAGAAGUUAAGCCUGGGAAGGAAUAACCACAUGCAUCAGUAUAGAUUUGGGACUGGCCUGCUAGAAAGGAGAAAGAAGCUCUGCAGAGAACGCUCCAGGUGUCGUGGUGGACAACAGGUUGGCCAUGAAAUAGCGGUGUGCUUUUGUGGCCAAGAAGGCCGCAAUAAAAAGAAUGUGGUCAUCAAGUCAAGAGAGGUUCCAGCACUGGAACAAGCUGCCCAGAGAGGUUGUGGAGUCUCCCCUGGAGAUUUUCAAAACCUACCUGGAUGCUUUCCUGUGCAACCUGCUGUAGUGAACCUGCCUUUUCAGCAAGUUGGAAUCAAUGGUCUGCAGAAGGUCCCUUCCAACCCCUGUGGUUCUGUGAUUGUGACAUAAUCCUUAAAUCAACAGCAUCUGAAGCUAUCACACAGACAGUUGUUACUAUCCAAAUCUCAAGUAUUUCUUCCUUAUUUCUUUAGUUUUUGUUUUUUUUUUUUUUUUAGUUGCAGUGAACAUCUGAGUAGAGCUCAACUGCAAAGAUGUCAUUGUCAUGUGAGAUUUGCAUGCCUGGGCCCUGAUGGUGUUUAGAGAGAUGGAUUAUGAUGUUUGCUUCUUAUUUUGGGACUUAUUCUUUAGGCUGUGGUUAAUAGACUCCUAAAUAGCCAAGUGCCUGUUCCUACUACCUGGUCAUCUGCUUGGUUUUGGAUGUCCAGCUACAGUUUCUGUUUAAAUUUACCCUACUAUAAACAUUAAUUUUUCUUUCUGGAGCAGAAAGUGUGUAAUGAGAAGCAACCAUGAGUAAUCUAACUCUGUAAUGAGAGUGUAAUAAGAGAGGUCACAAGGUGUUCCCCAGGGCUCAGUACUGGGACUGCUUCUAUUUAACGUCUUUAUUAAUGAUCUUGAUAAAGGGAUUGAGUGCACCCUCAGUAAGUUUGUACACGACACCAAGCUGGGAGGGAGUGUUGAUCUAUUUGAGGGGAGAAAGGCUCUACAGGGGGACCUGGAUAGACUGGAUUGAUGGGCUGAGUUUAACUGUAUGAGUUUCAAUGGGGCCAAGUGUCAGGUCCUGCAUUUUGGUCACAGCAACCCCAGGCAACCCUACAGGCUUCAGGAGGAGUGGCUGGAAAGAGGCCUGAUGGAAAGGGACCUUGGUGUACUGAUGGACAGUCGGUUGAGUAUGAGCCAGCACUGUGCCCAGGUGGCCAAGAAGGCCAAUGGCAUCCUGGGUUAUAUUAGGAUGGUGUGGUGAGCAGGACUAGGGAUGUCAUCCUGCGCCUGUAUUCAUCAUUGGUGAGGCCUCACCUCGAGUACUGUGUUGAGUUUUGGGCAUCUCAGUACAGAAAGGACAUUGAGGUGCUGGAGCAGGUCCAAAGUUGUUGUCGUAUGAAAAAUGGCAGCAGGCAGGCAGCCUGACAGAAUGGUGUCUGACUUGGAAGUGGGAGUGAAGCAAAGGUGUGUCAUUGAAUUCCUCCAUGUGGAAAUAGUGGCACCCACUGACAUUCAUCGACACUUGCUGAAUGUGUAUGGAGAUCAAACAGUGGAUGUGAGUAAAGAUGAAGCAAUGAGUGGUGUGUUUCAAUAGUGGCCAUAGAGGGUCACUUCUGCUGGAGCAGAUUUUUACAGGCCUGCAUGCUGCACUCUUGCUCCCAGCUAGAAAAAAAAUGCAUAGCUAAUGGUGGUGAUUGUAUUGAAAAAGUGUUUUGUAGCUGAGAACGAGCUCUAUCAAAUAGUAUUAUCUUUGUAUCUAUUGUAGUUUCCAUGGAAAUAAGAGGCGUUGCUUUCAGAGCAACCUAUGUAAUUUUUUUCUUUAAUGCUUAGUUUGAAGGCAGCAUGAAGUGUUUCAUACUGUGAUUCUUUUGACUUGCAAGUUUUAGUCUAACCAAUGUCCUAAAUUAACUUAACAUGUGACUUUGUACUCUUGAAAGAUAAAUUUGUUACAAUAGUUUGCACAGAUUUCAGAUCUUUGCUGCUAACAGCUAGUUCCAUUGUUGGUGUUGUGUUUUUGUUUUGUUUUGUUUUUUUCCAGUAAAUGGGGAUAUGAAGAAUUGCCUUAAGCACUUUAGAUUUUUUUAGACUUUUUUUUUGAGCUAGUGUCUGUUUUGACUUGAGUACCAAUAUAUUAGUGAUACAGUUGAUACACUGUUUGUACAAAGUAUAUUAAUGAUAUUUGUUAAGAACUUGCUC